AUGGGUCCCGCCCCUCUGCAGACUGACAUUUUCUCUGGAGCCCUCUUCAACCAGAUGGCCUUGGGCUGGAACCUCUGUGUCUCCACAGUGAUCUUGGUGGUGGUGACAGCAGUCUACAUAGCAGGUAGGGCAGGGGAAAAUCAUAUCAACGGGGUGCUCACAGCUGUCAUCUACACAGAUGCUGUACAGACAGUGAUCAUGGUUGGGGGAGCACUGGUCCUCAUGUUUCUGGGCUUUAAUGAGGUGGGCUGGUACCCAGGCCUACAACAGCAGUACAAGCAAGCCAUUCCUAAUGUCAUAGUCCCCAGCACCACCUGUCAUCUCCCAUGGCCUGAUGCCUUCUACAUGUUUUGAGACCCUGUGAGAGGGGACUUCCCUUGGCCAAGUCUCAUUUUUGGGCUCACCAUCCUGGCCACCUGGUGUUAGUGUACAGACUAGGUGAUCGUGCAGACAGCACUCUCUGCCAAGAGUCUGUCCCAUGCUAAAGGAGGCUGAGUGCUGGUCUAUCUGAAGAUCCUCCCCAUGUUCUUCAUCGUCAUGCCCAGCAUCAUCAGCCAGGCCCUCUACCCAGAUGAGGUUGGCUAUGUGGACCCUGACAUCUAUCAAAGAGUGUGUGGAGCUCAAGUGAUGUUGGGAUGUUCUAACAUCACCUACCCCAAGCUGGUCAUGGCUCUCAUGCCCAUGGGCCUGUGGGGCCUGAUGAUCGCAGUCAUCCCCGCCGCCCUCACGAGCUCACUCACGUUGGUCUUCAACAGCAGAUGCACCCUGUUCACUAUGGACGUGUGGCAGUGCUUCCGCAGGCAGGCCAUGGAGCAGGAGCUGAUGGUGGUGGGCAGGGUAUUUGUGGUGGCCCUGGUGGUCAUCAGCAUCUUCUGGCUACCAUCAUCCAGAGUUCCAACAGUCGGGCUCUUCCAUUACAUGCAGUAUGACACCAGCUACCUGGCCCCACCCAUCACCGCCCUCUUCCUGCUGGCCAUCUUCUGCAAGAGGGUCACAGAGCCUGCUCUCUGGGAGCAGAAGCUGACCAGCAUCGAGGAGGAGCCACUCAGGAGAAGUGUUUGCAAUGUCAAUGUCAUCCUUUUGCUGGCCAUCAACAUUUUCCUCUGGGGCUAUUUUGCGUGA